AUGAAGACUGGACCAUUGUCGCAGGAUCCCGGUUCAAAGCGUUAUGCUUACCGUGUGAACAAAGAAGAGAAUCGUAAGGAGUUGAAACAUGUCAAGAUCGAUGAAAGUACAGUGACUAGCACGAAGGGUAAAAAGAUGGAUUUACCAAAGAAGAAGUUCUACAGACAAAGAGCGCAUUCAAAUCCAUUCUCAGAUCAUCAGUUGGAAUAUCCAUCGUGUCCGGGCGAUAUGAACUGGGGUAAAUUGUAUCCGUAUUAUUAUAACGAUGAGACUAAAGAAAUGACCAAGAAAGUUACCAUUGCCGAUAUAGGUUGUGGAUUUGGUGGGUUACUUGUGGAUCUUUCUCCGGAGUUCCCUGAAAACUUGAUGCUCGGUAUGGAGAUCCGUGUGCAAGUGACGAACUAUGUAGAGGAUAGAAUCAUUGCGUUGAGAAACAAUCAUAUUGGGAAAUAUCAAAAUGUUAACGUCAUUAGAGGUAAUGCUAUGAAAUUUUUACCAAAUUUCUUCGAAAAGGCUCAAUUGGAAAAGAUGUUCUUUUGUUUCCCAGAUCCACAUUUCAAACAGAGAAAACACAAAGCCAGAAUCAUUACAGACACUCUUCUGAGUGAAUAUGCCUACGUGUUAAAGGAAGGUGGGGUUGUUUACACCAUUACAGACGUGGAAGAUUUACAUAACUGGAUGGUCAAGCAUCUCACUGAGCAUCCAUUGUUUGAAAGAUUGAACGAAGAAUGGGAAACAACCGAUAAAUGUGUAUCCAUCAUGAGAAAUGCCACUGAAGAAGGUAAAAAGGUCGCGAGAAAACAAGGUGCCAAAUACGUCGCAUGCUUUAAGAGACUUCCAGAUCCAACCAUUAUAUAA